AUGGCGGCCGCGCUUGAACUUCUCAAAUUUUUUUCCCGUAAGAGAAAGGCAGAACAAGAGUUUUUAGGUGACCAAUAUAGGUUAAAGGAAGAAAUGGCAAAGAAACGUUUUCGUAGGGAGAUGGAGUUCGAAACUGAAGCUUCACAGCCCGCUGUUAUGUCAGCAAUCGUGAUUACAAAAAGCGACAGAAACGAGCGUGGUCAUGAUAAGUUGAGGAACGGAAAUUGGUGGACAAACGGAUAUCAAAACUGGGAUGAAGAAUCUUUCAAGAAAAGGUUAAGGGUGUCUCGAGACACUUUUGAAUUUAUUCUAAGCGAAAUUAAAGACCUUAUCGUGAAGGAGCCCACUCGCAUGAAGCCUCACCCUACUCCGCCUGCUACCCAGUUGGCUUUAUGUCUAUACAGACUAGCACACGGGUGCACGUUUUUGACCGUUGGAGACCUCUUUGGGGUUGCAGAAUCAACUGCUCACAUCAUUUUCCAAGACGUUUGUAAGGCCAUUGUGGGAUGUUUGUAUGACAGAUUCGUUUACCUGCCAAGAAAUCUACAAGAGUGGAGUCAAGAACUGGAAAAUUUUCUGGGAAAUUGGGAGUUUCCUUGUGUUGGGGCGUGGGAUGGGUUUCAUGUUUACGUAAGCACUAAACUUAAGAACUUUUACAGUUACAAGAAGAGGUAUUCAGUUACAAACAUGGGAUUCAUUGGUUAUAACAAGCGUUUUAUGUGGGCUGCAGUGGGCGCCCCAGGAUCCACACAUGACUCUAGGCUUUUAAGAAGUUGUGGUAUUUAUUCUGACAUCGAAUCUGGUCACGUGCUUCCUAACAGGUCUUUGAAUCUUGACCCUCAUGGGGAGAUUCCGUUUACCACUGUGGGUGAUUCAGCCUUUCCCAACCAUUCCUGGCUUCUAAAACCAUACAAAGAUGGGACAAGGGUACCUAAGCAAAGGUAUUUUAACAGGAGACUUUGCUCUGCAAGGGUAGUUUCUGAACAUGCUUAUGGAAUGUUAAAGGGGCGGUGGAGAAUUCUCUACAAAAAGACAGAAUGUCAUUUAGACAACAUUUCCCUCAUCAUCAUGACCUGCAUUGCUCUCCAUAAUCUUUGCAUCCACCGAAGUGAUCCCUGUAACCCCAGGUGGAGACUUCAGGUCAAUGAACUUAAUCUGAUUCGAAAUGGAGAUGCCCAAGCUGAUGAUGGAAAUACAACAAGAGAAGCCGUUGCCAAUUGGUUGUGGGAUAUCAGAGAGGAAAGAAAUGCAGCCCCUUGA